AUGGAGCUCACACUAAUAGAUGUUAUUCUUCUCUUCCUCACAUUGUUUUUCUUCCGUUGGUGGUGGUGCUACUGCUCCACCACAGGUGGUGGAGAAAAGAAUUUGCCUCCCGGACCACCGGGUUGGCCAAUAGUAGGGAACCUCUUUCAAGUGAUUCUACAGCGGCGACACUUUAUCUACGUGGUUCGCGAUUUACGUGAAAAAUAUGGUCCAAUCUUCACCAUGCAGAUGGGACAGCGAACCAUGAUCAUUAUCACCAGCUCCGAACUCAUCCACGAGGCACUCAUCCAGAGGGGGCCUUUGUUCGCCAGCAGGCCCAAGGACUCCCCAAUCCGACUCAUCUUUAGCAUGGGGAAAUGCGCCAUCAACUCGGCGGAGUACGGUCCUGUGUGGCGUUCUCUCCGGCGAAACUUCGUGACGGAGAUGAUCACCCCGUUGAGGAUAAAGCAGUGCAGCUGGAUCCGGAAAUGGGCCAUGGAGGCCCACAUGAGCAGGAUUCAGCAAGAGGCACGUGAGAAGGGUUUCAUUGAAAUGAUGAGCAACUGCAGACUCACCAUUUGCAGCAUCCUUAUAUGCCUCUGUUUCGGCGUCAAGAUUACAGAGGAUAGAAUUAGAAGCAUCGAGAGCAUCUUGAAGGACGUUAUGCUUAUUACCCUUCCCAAGCUUCCAGACUUCUUGCCCCUUCUCACUCCCUUAUUCCGCCGUCAGGUGAGAGAGGCGAAGAAGCUUAGGGAGAAGCAGGUAGAGCUGUUAAUUCCGUUGAUAAAGAGCAGGAGAAAUUACGUGAACAGUGGUGGGAAGGAUGGCGGUUCUGAGAUGGCAAGUCCGGUAGGUGCUGCUUACGUGGACUCACUGUUCACAUUGGAGGUUCCUGGACGGGGGAGGCUGGGGGAUGAGGAGCUCGUCACGCUAGUCUCGGAGAUCAUAAGCGCCGGUACAGACACAAGCGCCACGGCUGUGGAAUGGGCCAUGUUCCACUUGGUGACGAACCAGGAGAUUCAGGAGAGGUUGUACGGUGAGAUUGUGGACUGCGUGGGAAAAAACGGCAUUGUUAUGGAGAGCGACGUAGAGAAGAUGCCGUACCUCUGCGCAUUGGUGAAGGAGACCUUCCGGCGUCACCCUCCAAGCCACUUCGUGUUGUCCCAUGCUGCUACGGAGGAGACGAAACUGGGAGGGUACACGGUGCCGAAGGAUGCUAGCGUAGAGUUUUACACGGCGUGGUUGACAGAGGAUCCGAAUAUGUGGUCGGAUCCGGAUGAGUUCCGACCCGAGAGGUUCUUGAGCGGGGAUGGGGUUGACGUGGACAUAACGGGAACAAAAGGGGUGAAGAUGAUGCCGUUUGGGGUUGGGAGGAGGAUCUGCCCCGCUUGGACUCUUGGAGUACUUCACAUUUACAUGCUGCUUGCUCGAAUGGUUCAUGCUUUCAAGUGGGUGCCCGCCCCAAAUAUACCACCCGACCCCACUGAAACCUUUGCUUUUACUAUUGUCAUGAAGAAUCCUCUCAAGCCUAUGAUUCUCCCUAGGUCUAUUUAG